AGAUACAGGGGUUUGUUUUUCGGCACAGGCACAGAGGAUUCUGCUGCUUCGGUGUAGGGUCACCAAGCUUGGAAUCCAAUGAGUAGUCUUCUCUUCACCGACAAUGGAACCAUUCUACCAGAAAAGUAGUAAUGUAAAAAUUUCGUCUUUGCAACUAUAUUCGUUCCUAAUUCCAAACAUUCCGUUCUAUUUCAUUAAAAUAUCGCUUAUUUUAUUCAAAGGAAAAUUUUAUUCAUUGAUUAGUAGGGGUAUACAAUUCCGACCAAACCCAAGAAAAACCUCACUUCUUCUACAGCUUCUGAACUGAACCCAACCCCCACCAUUUUCCCACUCCAAAACAACUACCCAUUUGGGUACUUUCCUUUUCAAACGGUUUUAUGCAAAACCCAGAUGGGAAUUUGAUUUAGAUAUGAGGAGGUUAAAUAGAAAUUCCGAUGAUCAACUCAGGGAUCAGGGAAACGGCGCCGUUUCCCGGGCUCCGGAGACUAAAUGUGGGUUGAAUCCGAUGAAGUCUAUGGGGAUUUUAGUUGCUUGCUUGAUGCUUCUCUCGGUUGUCUUUUCAGUCUCUGUGAUCCUGGAGGACCUUCCUUCUGAGAGUAUUUGGUCAGGUGCCGAAGCUAGGGUUCUUCAAGUAAAACCUCAACUACAAGUUGUAGGUUCAGAAGAUGAUUCUCCCCAUGAUGUCAAGGUGCCCGGAGAUGAAUUACUUGGUGGCCUUCUUACCAAUGGAUUCGAUGAGAGAUCUUGUCUUAGUAGGUACCAAUCAGUGUUAUACAGCAAGGCACUAACCCACAACCCUUCCCCUUACCUUAUCUCCCGUUUACGAAGCUACGAAACUCUCCACAAACGCUGCGGACCCCAUACAGAACCCUACAACAAAACCAUAGAGCUACUUGCGUCUGGAAAACAAACGGGUCCAUCUGAUUGUAACUAUGUUGUGUGGAUAUCCUUCAGUGGUUUGGGGAAUAGGAUACUAACCCUAGCUUCGGCGUUUCUUUAUUCUCUCCUUACCAACCGGGUCCUACUUGUUGACCGUGGAGUAGAUAUCACUGAUCUCUUCUGCGAACCGUUUCCAGAUGUCUCGUGGUUACUCCCCACAGAUUUCCCUCUUACUUCUCAGUUCAGUCAUUUUGAUCAGAAAUCAGUUCACUGUUAUGGGAAUAUGCUAAAGAAUAAUAGUUUAGCAGACUCGACUCUCCCCUUUGUUUAUCUCCAUCUGGUCCAUGAUUAUGGCGAUCACGAUAAGCUUUUCUUCUGUGACCAAGAUCAAUCUUUUCUCAAUAGAGUGCCCUGGUUGGUUAUGAAAACGGAUAACUACUUUGUCCCAUCCCUCUUCUUAAUCCCUUCUUUCGAGGAGGAACUGAGAAACCUCUUCCCGGAAAAGCAAACGGUUUUCCACUUCUUGGGUCGCUACCUCUUCCACCCAACAAAUCAAGUGUGGGGCCUUGUUACCAGGUACUACCAAGCAUAUUUAGCAAAAGCGGAUGAAAAAAUAGGCAUUCAGAUCAGAGUCUUCGAUACGGGUGUGGGCCCAUUUCAGCAUGUUUUAGAUCAAAUCCUCGCUUGUACCUUGAACGAAAAUCUGCUACCCAAAAUCAACCGACAAAAACAUAUUAUCGGCACAGCCGGAAAGCAGAAGAGUAAAGCUGUACUGAUGACGUCAUUGAGCUCGGGAUAUUUUGAGAAAAUCCGGGAUAUGUACUGGGAAUAUCCAACGACGACUGGGGACAUUAUAGGAAUUUACCAGCCGAGUCAUGAGGAGUAUCAACAGACUGAAAAACAGAUGCAUAACGUGAAGGCAUGGGCAGAAAUGUAUCUUCUUAGCAUGACUGAUAAGUUGGUCACGAGCUCAUGGUCUACUUUUGGGUAUGUGGCUCAGGGUCUUGGAGGGUUGAAACCAUGGAUCCUCUACAAGCCUGAGAAUUCGACAGCUCCUGAUCCGCCAUGUCAACGAGCCUUGUCAAUGGAGCCUUGUUUCCAUGCCCCUCCCUUUUUUGAUUGUAAGAAGAAGAUUGGGGUUGACACUGGUGCACUUGUUCCUCAUGUGAGACAUUGUGAGGACAUGAGUUGGGGUCUUAAGCUGGUUGAUCAUUAGAAUGAAUCAUAACCAUGCAUGUUGUACGAUAAUUUUAUUUCUUCUCGGCACGACAAUCGGAUGUGAUGAGUUCUUGUAGUAUUUUGGUAAAAGUAGGAUAAGAAAACUCAUGGAUUUGUAUUUUCAUCAUUUUUGUUCUGCUGUAUGAUGAGGGGGUAUUUGAGCU